CGCUGCCGUAAAGCAUCUGGAGGCGGUGCACUGAGAUGGCGACGAUUGGGCUCAGGGCCGGCGGAGGGGGAGCAGUUGGGGAACACGGGGCUCGCGCCUGAGCGUUGGCCGGGAACGGCAGCGAAAGGGACUGUCACCUUUGUCCCCGUGGCGCUGCGGUGCUGGGACGGCUGUCCCCGGUUCCCUACCCUGCCAGGCCUUCACCCUUCCUCUGCUUGCAGGACAGCGUGGUCCCCGCGGCAGGGGCCGCUCCAGCUCCUGCUUUCUCCCUCUCUUGCCUUCAGGGGAAGCACGCAGCGAGAAAGGAGAUGUCGGAUAAAGGGAGCAGCAUGGACGGAAAGACGGACAUCGCGAAUGGUGAAGGCAGCCUGUCCAGCAGCCCGGAGGAGAUGUCAGCCGAGGAGGGCCGAGAAAUUUCUUCCGGCAUCGAGGUGGAGGCGUCCGACGUCAGCCUGAGCCUCACUGGAGACGACGUGGGGCCCAACCGCACCAGCACAGAGAGCCGCGACACCGACACCGAGAGCUCGGCGGAGGAGAAGGACUCUGACAGCAUGGACGACACGGGCCACUACUCCAUCAACGAGGAGUCGCGCACCCUCGACUGCUCGCACUCGGAGGAGGAGGAGGAGGAGGAGGAAGAGGAGGAGCAGCGAUCCCACCGCCGCGCUCAGCGCAAACGUGCCAACCACGACCGAGAUUCCUCGGACGACGAGCAGGCGCUGGAGGACUGGGUGUCCUCGGAGACCACGGCGCUGCCGCGGCCCCGCUGGCAGGCCAUCCGCGCCCUGCGGGACAGGGAGCUGGGCUCCAGCCCCCGCUUCGUCUACGAGGCCUGCGGGGCCCGGCUCUUCGUGCAGCGCUUCCGCCUGCAGCACGGCCUGGAGGGCCACACGGGCUGCGUCAACACGCUGCACUUCAACCAGAGGGGCACGUGGCUGGCCAGCGGCAGCGACGACCUCAAAGUGGUGGUGUGGGACUGGGUGCGGAGGCGGCCGGUGCUGGAGUUUGAGAGCGGCCACAAGAGCAACGUCUUCCAGGCCAAGUUCCUCCCCAACAGCGGUGACUCCACGCUGGCCAUGUGUGCUCGGGACGGGCAGGUGCGGGUGGCUGAGCUCUCGGCCACGCAGUGCUGCAGGAGCACCAAGCGUGUGGCACAGCACAAGGGAGCUUCUCACAAGCUGGCCCUAGAACCGGAUUCUCCAUGCACUUUCCUAUCAGCAGGUGAAGAUGCUGUCGUCUUCACCAUUGAUCUGCGACAAGACCGGCCUGCCUCGAAACUGGUGGUGACGAAGGAAAAGGAGAAGAAGGUGGGGCUGUACACCAUCUUCGUGAACCCAGCCAACACCUACCAGUUUGCUGUGGGAGGCAGAGAUCAGUUUGUGAGGUGAGUGGGAGCCCCCCCAGCAGCGCUGCGGUCCUUAAUGCCUGCAAAGCCCGCUCUCCUGUAAGCAGCACCAAGACCAGCGGGAUUAACGGAGGGAUUUGGAUCCGUGGAGGUUUAGCACUGGGAUCCGCUGCCAAGCCCUGCUCUCCCUUCCCCCGGAGGCAGUGAUUCUCUUAGCCUUAACGAGCUUCUGAGCCAUCUUCUCUCCGUCCUCAGCUGCCUGGCCAGGCCUGGUGCGCUUUGGAGCUGAGAUGGAGCUCGGGGAAGGUCUUUGUUUCAGCGAGACUGGGCUCCCUAAUCCCAGCCCCCCUCCCUUCCCCUGCUGCAGCAAUUAAAA